AUGGGUUACGCCAUCGAACUGUCGACGCGUUUCUCUUCGCCGUCGGACCCCUCGAUCGGGCUGCUGACCUUCACCAAUGACUCCGAAGGAAACGACGGCUACGCCAACGGGCGCUACUACACCGAGUCCGGCGCGUCGAAUUCGGCGCGUGAUGUCGGGUUGUCUUUCCUCGUCAGCACGCAGCCGACUUUCCUCCCUGGCGAUACCAACGGCGACAACAUCGUCGAUAUCGAGACCGACCUUCAAGCAAUCGCAGCGAACUUCCGCCAGACGGUCGUCGAUAUCGCCAGCGGUGACCUUAACGGCGACACCAUGGUGGAUUUCGACGACUUCCAGAUUUGGAAGGACAACUAUACCGGGCCGGUCCCGGCGGGCGCGCUGGCGUUCCUAACGGUCCCUGAACCGACCGCCGCGGCGGUUGCCGCGUUUGGCGUCAUCGGUUGCGCGGCCCGCCGGCUUGACACCACUCCCAAACGCCAGUCCGGCGUCUCACAGCCGAUGAUCGAGCGACCUAUGACCAGCGUCGAGAGGCGAUUGAAAAUGACUCAACGUGCUAAAGCUCCUGCCCUGCUCGCCGCCUGCAUUGCAGCGGCCCUCGGGGUGACUCACCAAGCCGCGGCGCAGACGAACUAUCAGUUCCGCGGCGACGGCAUCCAGAACUUGCCGACGACGGCAGAGCCCGCGCCCAACGGCGAUUGGAACCUCGACACCAACGGCGCUGGAACCGACGGCGAGUCGUACUGGUGGAGUUCGGGCCUGCAACUUAACUUCAUCCCAGACCACGCGAUCGGUGAUGGCGAAAACGCUUACAUCGAGAACGGCGGCUUGGCUUAUGUGACGAGUGAUGGUGGGAUCUAUCCGGGCCGGAUCGUGAUUGGCGAGGCCAGUGGGACGUCCGGCGCCGUCGAGGUGCGCAGCGGCGGGGUGAUGCGCGCCUUGGUCGGCGGGGCCGUCAACGGCAACAUCACGGUGGGUAGCGCCAGCGGAACCGGCACGCUCACCGUGCUGCCGGGCGGGACCAUGUCGGCCGAAUCGAGCCUCGUCUCCGGCAACAACGCGGCGAACUCGAUCGUCGUCGGCGGCGCCGGCGCCGGGACCGCGUCGCUUACGGCCGGCAGCGCCCAGCUGAACGCCGUAACGCACGUCUACUCGAACGCCGAUUUCGCCGUCGGUGGCGCCCUGGCCUUCGGCUCGCAGGGCAAUUCGAACUACAUCGUUCAAGCGACCGGCAACAACGCCAGCGGCAAGAUCACCGCCGGCGGCACGGCGAACCUCAAUGGCUCACUGACGUUGGACAUCGGUUACACGCCCGCCCUGGGCGACUCCUGGACGGUGUUGCAAGCCGACUCGUUCAACGGCAGCUUCUCCAGCAUCAACUCGAAUCUGUCGCUGGCGUACAACCAGAACCUCGUUGCGACCAAGGUCGCCUCGGGCGGCCAGAUGGAUUACAAGAUCGGCCUGGAAGAGGUUCUCGUGCUCGAAGUCAAUCGAGACACGGGCGUCGCUACGCUCACCCACCCGGGCUCGUCUACCGUUCAACUCGACGGUUAUUUCAUUGGCUCGGAGGGCGGUCUCUUGAACGCCUCACCGAGCGCCUGGACCAGCCUGAGCGAAGGGGGCCAACUCGGCGCCGACUGGAUCGAGACCGAUCAACGGGCUGACAACAUCGGCGAAUUGAAGAUCGGCGCCGACGCCACCUUUGGCGCGGACGUCUCGCUGGGCGCGAUCUACAACCCGCUGGCCGGCGAGUUCGGCGCCAAUGUCGAUGACCUCCAGUUCACCUUCCGUCGCUCCUCGGACGGCGCCCAGAUCCCCGGCGUCGUUCAAUACACCGGCUCGAAGGCUAAUACCUUGGUGCUGCAGGUCGAUCCGUCUGGCUCGGGCGACACGUUGCUCCGCAACACGUCGGCGACGACGGUCGAGAUCGACGGCUACGAGAUCCUCUCGGCCGCGGGAUCGCUCGACACGGCGGGCUGGACCGGCAUCGACGGGGCGGGGACCGACUGGGUCGAAGCCAUCAACAACAGCGCGAAUCAACUCGUCGAGUUCAACACCACCGGGUUCACGACGUUGGCGCCCGGCGCCACGCUCAACCUCGGCGAUCUCUUCGAUGGCAGCGCUCAAGACCUCGACUUCAACUUCCUGCUGAUGGGCGAAGAGGAAGCGACCGCGGGCGUGGUGGUUUACGAAGCCUAUGUCCCGCCGGCGGGAGACUUUAACAACGACGGCAUCGUCAACGCCGCGGACUACACGGUCUAUCGGGACAACUUGGGCGCCGCCGGCCUGCCGAACGACAACGGUCUGGGGACCGUUGGAGAGGCUCACUACGAGCUGUGGCGGGACAAUUACGGCGCCACCUCUGGCGCGGCCUCGUCGGUCGCUAGUGCGGUGCCCGAGCCGUCAUCAGUUGCGAUGGUCGUCGUGCCGCUCGCAACGGUUGGCGCAAGCGUGGAAUACUACGGAGAAGGCAAGAUGCAAGUGGAAGGCAGAUCGCAACGCCGCAACGCGUUUACCCUGGUCGAACUGUUGGUGGUGAUCGCGAUCAUCGGCAUCCUCGUGGCGCUCCUGCUGCCGGCCGUGCAGGCGGCCCGUGAGGCGGCGCGGCGGUCGCAGUGUCUGAACAACUGCCGGCAGAUCGGGCUGGCGAUCCACAUGUACCACGACUCGACGAAGGAAUUGCCGCCCAGCCGGAUGUGGGACGGCGGGUUCACUUGGGCCGGCGUCGUGCUGCCGUACAUGGAGGAAGCGGCGAUCAGCAACGCCGCGGACUUCACUCGCAACUUUAGGGAUCAGCCGGACUUGGUUAAGGAAACGGUCGUUCCAACGUUCCUUUGUCCUUCCCGUAUCCACGAACAGCCGCUGAACUACUUAAAGUCGGAAGUGAUUCCGUAUAUCCAAACUCCCACCGGCGGCGCCGUCAACGGCGCGGGGAGCACGCGAGGCAUUCAAGGCGACUACGCCUGUGUGUCGAGCACCUUCCGCUCUGGCAACGGUGGUUUUGAUCACGUCUUCGAUGGCGCAAUCAUUCUGCCGAAGUCGUUGCCAGGGAACCGGUUCAAGUCGCGGACUAAACUGUCAAAGAUCAUUGAUGGCACGUCGAAGACGCUGAUGGUCGGCGAAAACUCUUAUUGGCUCGCAGCGCGAGUUUCGAUCUACGACGGUCUCGACAACCCGGGCGCGAUACUUGGACUGGGAGCUCUGAGCCGA